GCCUUUGAUGAAGUUCUAUACAGCUUUAAUGCAAUUUCAAAAGCAUUGCUUACUUUUCCAUUAUAUUCAACAGGCUAUUUAUAUAUAUAUUUAUAGGUGUCUUAGUUAUUAUAUGUACAUUAGCACAAGUACCCUUUCUUUCUUUUUCUUUUCCCUCCUGAUUCUUGCAAAUUCUUCGAAAUUUGAGUGUAGAGCUGUUAGAAUACUAGAGAACAGGGAUAUGAGGAAUAUAUGUGAAGUUUUGCAUGGGUUGAAACCAGUGAUGUUAAUGGUUUUGGCUCAGUUUAUUUAUGCAGGGAUGAAUAUAUUUUACAAAGUGGCUGCAAAUGAUGGGAUGAGUAUGAGAGUUCUUGUUGCUUAUCGCUGGAUUUUUUCUACUGCUUUUACUGUUCCUCUUGCUCUCAUCAUUGAAAGGAAGAAGAGGCCAAAACUUACAUGGAAGAUACUCGGUCAAGCUUUUCUUAAUGGAUUAUUUGGGGCAACUUUGUCCCAAAACUUGUACGUGGAAAGUUUGAUCAUGACAUCUGCAACAUUUGCUGCUGCCAUAUCCAACCUUGGUCCUGCAAUAACAUUAAUCUUGGCAGCCUCUUUUGGGUUAGAGAAAUUGAGAUUAAGGACAUCAGUAGGAAAGGCAAAACUACUUGGAAUAUUACUUGGGAUAGGUGGGGCUAUGGUUUUCACUUUCUACAGAGGUGCAGAGAUCAAAAUUUGGUCAACAAACUUUCACCUUCUGAAUCACACUAGUCAUCAGCCUCAGCAUAGUCACAUUACUAGCGAUCGUAUUUUGGGUUCUUGCAUGGCACUGGGCAGUUGUGUCUCUUUUGCACUGUGGUUGAUAUUUCAGACCAAGAUGAGCAAGAUAUACCCAUGCCAUUACUCAAACGCAGCGUUGAUGUCCAUAAUGGGAUCAACGCAGUGUGUUAUUGUGGCCCUGUGCAUGGAGAGAAAUUGGACGCAGUGGAAAUUGGGAUGGAACGUUAGGCUACUUACGGUUUUCUAUUCGGGGAUUGUGACUUCUGGAUUAGUUGUGACCUUGAUUGCAUGGUGUGUAUGCAUGAGAGGGCCAGUGUUUGUGGCUAGUUUUAAUCCUCUCUCCCUUGUGCUCGUAGCCAUUGCAGGGUCUUUGAUGCUAGAUGAAAAACUUCACCAGGGAAGGGACAGCAUAGUAGGGGCAGGAUUGAUAGUGUGUGGAUUAUACAUGGUACUCUGGGGUCAAAGCAAGGAGAUGAAAGAAAAAGCAAAACUAGGGCUAACAGAAAGCUCCCCAGGAAUUGGACUGGUAGAGGUCGCUACUGAUGGUGAUCAAACUUCAAACAUUUCUCCUCCAGAUGAAGAAGGUUCACUGCCAAAGGAACAGCAUCCCCAAAAUUAUUGAGUUAGAAAAAUAUUAUAAGAGAGUAAAAUUCAGGAAAAAGAAAAAGAAAAGAGAAGGCAGAUUAUUAAGAAAAAACAAAAUCUGGAGCAAUUACUUGUUCUUUUUUCCUUGAAUUUGGGCUCCAAUCUCAGCUAUGUUCCCCUUACUUGAGAAACGAAGACUUCUCCUUUUUUCUUGUAAAAUUAUUCAUUGAAAAGAAAAGAGAUUAUUGUGUUGAGAGGAAGAUCAAGAGGGAUAACUUUUACUAUAUUUGUUGGAUCUUGAUGUCUGUAAAAUUAAAGACUCAGAAACUUGAUUUUUCUUAAAGAAAAAAUUGGAAUGAGACAUCAUUUAAGAGGUGUUGGUUUAAGAA